UGCCGCUUUAUAUAAUAAAAAAUAAAAUAUUCCUACAUUGAAAAAAAUAUUUAGCUAUGGAGGGACGUGAAUUUACACACGCAUAUGCAGAGCCAAGGGAUGAGACAACAUCAGAACAGCUAUUCCAAAAACGGCGUUGCUGUUUUUUCUUCCCGUCAGUAAAAGAAGGUACUGUUUGGCUUAAAAGAAUUAACGUUAUAAAGAAGUUACGUGAGUGGUCGGAGAUUGUAGCUGGUCCAAGAUGGAAGACUUUUAUACGGCGUUUUAAUCGGAAUAAAAAUGGGACGCAUGGGAAAUAUCAGUAUGAUCCUUUAAGUUAUGCAUUGAAUUUUGAUGAAGGGAAUAAUGGAGAGGAAGAUGAUGAGUAUGGGCUUAGGGAUUUUUCGACCAGGUAUGCUUCUAUUCCGGCGUCGGCUAGAGGGUCCAUGGAUUUGGGCAGAGAUGGGCCUAAUUUUGUCUGAUUGGACCAAUAGUUUCAGUGGUGGAGAAUGUGUGGUGGUGAAACAUCAGAGUCCACAGGUCAUUAUAGCUGGUCUUUUUUCGUAAUUGAAUUGUAUAAUCAAUUGAUAUACUAGUAUAUUUUAUUAUUAGUUUUAUACAUUGUUAAUGAGUUGGGUUAUUUUGUGCAUAAAUAAAGAUAUUGAAUGAUACAUGAGGGAUUGGAGGAACAUGCAAGUUUUGUACUUUA